AUGACGUGUUUCACCGAUAAAGCCAUCGAUGAUGUUCAGGACGACGCUACCAGCAGGGAAAAUGAGAUGGUAAGCAAUGAUGAUUUCACAUCGAGUGAAGAGACACAGGAUAGUGGAGAGCUUUGGGGAACAAUGCCGAGCACGGCUAAGGAAGUGAAUUCAACAGGAUCCAGAGGAGAUAAAGUGUUGAAUGAACUCCAAUUAACACUGCCAAAGCUAAAACGAUUUACGCGCCCAGGUAUUGCACCUUGGGAGAGGCAUAACAUUCCAACAGACAAGAGCCUAUUUCUGAAAGCAAAGCAGGGAGCGCAACCAGCAGAAUUGCGACUGCUGUUCAAAAAACUGAAAAGUACAAAGUAUCGUAUCCACCAAUGCAUCUAUACGGAUGGGUCAAAGGUGGAAGACAGAUGCGGCUACAGCGUAGUUUCAGAAGACCUGGUGAUCCAGAAACGAAUUCACCAUAUGUGUAGCAUAUUCACUGCUGAAAGUAUGGCAGUAAAGGAUGCAUUAGCAUGGGUGGCAGACCAAGAGCAUAUUGGAGCCUUUCUCAUAUGCACCGACUCCAUGAGCGUACUCACGUCUCUUGAAAGUAUUAUUCAAGAAGAAAAACAAUCAACUGAGGCUCGCGCUGAGGAGUUGGAAUCACGCGUUGGAAGUUUGGAGCACAUGAACUUACUAGCGAGAGGUCGAUCUAUAGAAAGGCAAAGUCCUCCGAUGAGUGGGAGAAGUACACCAACUAGUCCGAAUCGAGAUUACUUACAUAAGUAUCACACGGCCCCAGCUUCAAUGUCACCAGCCCAUUUGCAUCAAUAUGCCGUUGCUCUUAGCCAAGGUCAACUAUCAGAGUCCCUUCCAUCUAGUCAGGUACAGUUAUCGCAUCUUUCAUCGGAAAAAUCAUCAGAAAAUUUUCGUCAUAUUGGAAAUGAAAUGACUCCUCUAUCUACCGAAGCUGCUGCUAGUGGUGUGGCAUCUCCACUUACUGCGCGUUCAUUACGCCUUGAACGUUUCGCAUUAGCAUUAGCACACAGCCAAGAGGAAUUAAGAAGAUGUGGUACGACUGGAGUUUCGCCUCCAAGUUCACUUCUUGGAAGCCAAGAAUCGUUGAAAAAAUAUAAUGCAGUAAAUAUGUUAGGUUCGUUACAUACGUCAUCAUCUGUAACACGAGAGUCAGUUACUGCAGCACAGAAGAAAAAAGGCAUUAAGUCAAGUUUAGGACGACUUUUCAGUAAAAAGGAAAAGUGUAAAGCUGGAAAGGAGUCGUCAAUGCCUGAUGGUUCUAUCAGUAUGAUGUCAAUGAGUGGAUUAUCAUUAAUUAGUAACAUAGACUCAAACUACGAUAACAUUUCUGUAUAUAAGAUGCCGGAAAGUGUGACAACUGUGGAGUAUUGCAGACAGAAAAAAAAGGAUCAUGACUAUCGCCAUGAUUUACUGGAGGAAGCAAUGAAAGCAGGCACACCAUUUGCACUUUGGAAUGGCCCAACAAUUGUAGCAUGGUUAGAACUUUGGGUCGGAAUGCCUGCUUGGUAUGUAGCUGCUUGUCGCGCAAAUGUAAAAUCUGGUGCUAUUAUGAGUGCUUUGAGUGAUACUGAAAUUCAACGUGAAAUAGGCAUUAGUAACCCAUUACACCGGUUAAAAUUGCGACUGGCCAUACAAGAGAUGGUAUGUCUCACAUCUCCGUCUGCACCACAAACGACACGUACUACACUAGCAUUUGGAGACAUGAAUCACGAGUGGAUUGGUAAUUAUUGGCUACCUGGAUUAGGUCUUCCCCAAUACCGCACAACGUUCAUGGAAUGUCUAGUAGAUGCUAGAAUGUUAGACCAUUUAAACAAAAAAGAUCUCAGGGGACAGCUCAAGAUGGUAGAUGGCUUUCACCGAACAAGUCUUCAAUAUGGGAUAUCCUGCCUUAAGCGAUUGAACUAUGAUAGAAACGUACUCGAGGAGAGAAGAAAAGAAUCUGAAAACAGAUUAAAUGAUGUGUUGGUUUGGAGCAAUGAUCUUGUCAUUCGAUGGAUUCACUCUAUUGGUUUAAAAGUUCGUAUUGAAGAAUUAGAGGAAUACGGAAACAAUCUUCUGGAAUCUGGUGUGCAUGGAGCAUUGCUAGCGUUGGACGAAAGUUUUGAUGCAACCUCAUUAGCACUUGUACUUCAAAUUCCAACUCAAAAUACGCAGGUAAUUUAUGUAAAGAAUAAUAUUUUAGAUUGGUAUGUAUUUGAAUCUACUUGGCUAAGGCUAAGUUUGAGUCUUGCUCGAACCUGUCUGUAUUAUCGGUGUAACGGAAAUUUUAACAGCAUUACGAUUUCCCUUAUCGAUGCCGAUCGUUUAGAUGAAAUAGCUGUCCUAGUCAAAUCAAAUAACUGCUCGCUCUAUAUUUGUACCGUUUAUAUUCCUCCCAACUCUGAAUCCGUCUGAAUCCGACAUGUACGA